AUGGAACUCAAGGGAGAGAUGAAGCAAUUCAGCGACACACGUUACGGAAGAAUUAAGAACUGUCAGAUGGCGAACUUUGAGAGACGAAACAUUCACUCUCGCGAUGGUAUUCCAACUCCAUUUCGGAGGGAUCCAUUCAAGCGAAGAUCUGCCAGUGAAGAUGAACGUCAGCAGAUAGUUCGCAAGAAGGGUUUCUUACGUUUUUACUGUGAAAGUAGCGGUCACACUCCUCGAGACUAA